AUGGCAGAAACAGCACUACACAAUGCCCCCAUAGUGCUUGACAAUGGCAGUGGGACCAUUCGGGCUGGGUUCGCAGGCGAGGACCUACCAAAAUGCUAUUUCCCCUCAUUUGUCGGUCGACCAAAACACCUUCGAGUCUUAGCCGGCGCGUUGGAGGGAGAUGUCUUUAUUGGGCAAAGAGCACAAGAGCUGCGGGGUCUUCUGAAAAUCCGAUAUCCUCUGGAACAUGGCAUUGUAACGGAUUGGGACGACAUGGAGAAGAUCUGGCAGUGGGUAUACGAAGGCGAAUUGAAGACGUUGAGCGAAGAGCAUCCGGUGUUAUUGACCGAACCUCCGCUAAAUCCGCGGACCAACCGCGAUACGGCCGCUCAGAUAUUGUUUGAACAGUUUAAUAUACCAGCGCUUUACACGUCGAUUCAGGCCGUGUUGUCACUGUAUGCUUCGGGUCGGACAACGGGCAUUGUGCUAGAUUCUGGAGAUGGUGUUUCGCAUGCGGUCCCCGUGUACGAAGGCUUCGCGAUGCCAAGCAGUAUACGAAGAAUUGAUGUAGCGGGCCGUGAUGUUACAGAGUAUUUGCAAUUGCUCCUUCGGAAAAAUGGCUACGUAUUCCAUACAAGCGCUGAGAAAGAGGUGGUCAGAAUGAUCAAAGAGAAGACUGGAUAUGUGGCAUUGGAUCCAAAGAAAGAAGAGAAAGAUUGGUCGACAAAUGUUACGAAGGUGGAUACUAAGACGCAGGAAUACAUCCUGCCGGAUGGACACAAACUUAAGGUUGGAGCGGAACGAUUUCGAGCUCCUGAGAUUCUUUUUGAUCCUGAAAUUAUUGGCCUUGAAUAUCCCGGAGUUCACCAAAUCGUCGUAGAUGCAAUCAAUCGCACCGACAUGGAUCUGCGCAAGGCGCUAUUCGGCAAUAUUGUCCUUUCCGGCGGCUCAACCUUAUGUCGAGGUUUCGGCGAUAGAUUGCUUCAUGAGGUUCAACGAUUGGCAGUCAAGGACAUGCGAAUCAAGAUCUUCGCUCCCCCGGAACGAAAAUACAGUACCUGGAUUGGAGGCAGUAUUCUUGCGGGUCUAAGCACUUUCAGAAAGAUGUGGGUCAGCAUUGACGAUUGGCAUGAGAACCCCGAUAUAAUUCACACCAAGUUCAAUUAG